CACACACACUCACCCUCACACACUCCUAAACUCCACACACUCUCUCUCUCUCCCGUGCAGAGCAGCAGGACCGGACAAAAGGAAACAUGAGUUACUCCAGCGAGAUUUACAGCAGCAGCUCCUAUCGGAAGAUCUUCGGAGAUGCCCCCCGGUCCGGCCGUGUGGGUCUGGGCAGCAGCCCGUCCCGCCUGCACCCUGCGGGUUACCGCAGCAGCCACCGCACCUAUGGUUCCCCCUCCGUGAUGUCCUCCUCCACCUUCCGCCGGACAGCGGCUCCCGGCCGCGUCUUCUCCAUGCCGGACUCCUCGAUGGACCUAACUCAGUCCACCGCGGUCACCAACGAGCUCAAGAUCAUCCGCACCAACGAGAAGGAGCAGCUGCAGGGCCUCAACGACCGCUUCGUGUCCUUCAUCGAGAAAGUGCACAACCUGGAGCAGCAGAACAAAGUCCUGGAGGCAGAGGUAACGAUGCUGCGCCAGCGCAAUAACGAGCCCUCGCGCCUGCACGAGCUGUACGAGCAGGAGAUCCGCGAACUGCGGGCGCGCGUUGAGGAGCUGACGCACGAGAGGAGCCAGAUGCACCUGGACUGCGUGCAGAUGAACGACACGCUGGAGCGCGUGAGGGAGAAGCUGGAGGAGGAGACCAAGCUGCGCGAGGAGGCGGAGAACACCCUGAAAGGCUACCGGAAGGACGUGGACGACGCCACCCUGGCGCGCCUGGAGCUGGAGAAGAAAGUGGAGUCGCUGCUGGACGAGAUCGCCUUCCUCAGAAAAGUUCAUGAAGAGGAGCUGCAGGAGCUGCAAGCUUCUCUGCAGGCCACUCAGGUCUCAGUGGAGAUGGACAUGAGUAAACCGGACCUGACCGCUGCUCUGAAGGACAUCCGGGCUCAGUAUGAGAACCUGUCGGCCAGGAACCAGGCUCAGGCAGAGGAAUGGUACCGCUCCAAGUUUGCUAGUGUGACUGAGGCGGCUGCCCGCAACCAGGACGCCAUCAAGCACUCGAAGGAGGAGCUGAGUGAGUACCGCAGGCAGGUGCAGGCCCGCACCCUGGAGAUCGAGGCCCUUAGGGGCCACAAUGAGGCCCUGGAGAGGCAGAUUGCCGAGAUGGAGGAUCGCCAUAACAAUGAAAUGGGAGAGAUGCAGGAUACCAUUCAGCAGCUGGAGGCUGCCUUGCGCAGCACUAAAGGAGAAAUGUCCCGCCAUCUGCGUGAAUACCAGGAUCUCCUGAAUGUCAAGAUGGCCCUGGACAUUGAGAUCGCUGCCUACAGGAAGCUGCUGGAGGGCGAGGAGUGCCGCCUCAGCACCGUCGGCGGAGCCAUGGUCCAGUCCGGCUACCCGGGCUUCUCCUACAUGUCAUCCCGCGCCUACUCUCUGGGAGCCUACAGGAAGUUUGGAGCCAAGCCUGAAGAGGAGGAGGAAGAGGGUGGCGAGGAAGAAGAGGAGGAGGUAGAAGAGGGAGAGGAGGGAGAGGAGGGAGAGGAGGGAGAGGAGGAGGGAGAGGAGGGAGAAGAGGGAGAGGAGGGAGAUGACCAGGAGGAAGGCGAGGGUGAGGGAGAAGGAGAGGAGGAGGAAGAGGAGGAGGAAGAGGAGGAGAAGCAGAAAGGGAAGGAGAAGGAGGAGAAGGAGGAGAAGGAGAAGAAGAAGGAUAGCCCCAACGGCAAGAACAGCAAGAGUUAAACUACUUGCAUCAUCUUCAUCAUUAUCAAUAACACAUUCCUCAUCCCACCAAUCACUUGUAUGGAUCUGUUCACUCUGUCACACACAGUUCUGCACACUCCGGAUGCCUCACCUCACACCCCCCGUGUUUCUGUUUGCUCUGUAUCUCAGAAGUGGUUAGUACAAACUUUAUUAGACGGAAAGGGAGCUUUAGAUGGAAAUAGAUGUAUUAGAAUGGCAGUAGAGUCUUUUGCUCCGCAGAGGUCGCCAUCAUUGUACAUCCCAUCAGCGCAGAGGGACGUGCAGAAAGAUAAGCGCGAUGCCACUAAGUUUCUUAAGUUUGGUAAAUGUGCCAUCAAUGAUCAGUAAUCACAGUAAGAGCAAUCAAAACCUUGAAAGUAACAAUCUCGUCAGCACACAGACUUUUAACAGAAACGCACAGCCAGUCCAACUUUUACGGUGCUAUUUGAUUCUUACAUAUAAAAGUUGGGGAGUACGUUCAAGAUUUUAUCCUCGACCGAAGCUCUACCAGCUCAUAUCUGAGUGUCGGCUCGUCACACAGAGGAGAAAGCUCCUGUUUGAACUGUAAGCCCCAUGCUGAAUGCUUUUCACUCCCCUCUUUCUGCCACUCAUCACUCUCUUGUUCUGCAUCUCAUCCCACCACGACAAACGGAAAUGUAACACUUCAUUCUCUCUUUCAUUCACUGCAGUGUCAGAGCACGGCAAUAACGGCAACUCGGAAAAAAAACAACUGUAUAUACAAAAUGUGUUUGGAGAGUGGAUGGUAUUUCCAGUUGCUGCAGAGGAGGAGCUGCAGCUUCUCAGUGAGGGAGUGCAUCUUUGGGAAUGAAAUUAUAGAGUUAAAUUACUGCUAUAUAUAAUUUUUUGGGAAUAUGAAUUAUCCCCCCUUUGAUUGAUUCAUUUGUCAGUGAGUUUAAUAUUCAUUUGCAAGUCCUUACUUAAGUCCUUCCU